AUGCUGCUCUACUACUCCCUGGCCACCUUCCUCUCCGUGGCAUCACUCUCCAACGCUCAAACAUGGCCGACUAACCUCAUUGGCACCUGGUCUACGAAGUCAAACAAGACACUCACUGGACCGGGAUUCUACGACCCGCUCAACGACAAAUUCAUCGAGCCUGACCGAACAGGCAUUUCCUACUCCUUCACGAGUGACGGCCACUACGAGGAAGCCUACUACCGCGCUAUCGCAAACCCUCAAAACCCUGCGUGUCCCGGGGGUAUCAUGCAAUGGCAGCACGGCGGUUGGGUCAUGAAUGCGAAUGGCAGUCUGAGUCUGACACCAAUUGCGGUGGACGGCCGACAACUUCUCAGCAAACCCUGUGACUAUGAAAAGGGUAUUUACACACGAUACAACCAGUCUGAGCUGUUCAAGCAAUACGAAGUCCUCACCGACCCCUACCACGGUAUCCCUCGCCUGAACCUCUACGAAUUCGACGGCACGCCCAUGCAACCUAUGUACCUCGUCUACUCGCCGCCCGAGAUGCUUCCUACUACGACCCUGAACCCCACUACCGCAAGCGCCACUGCGACGGGCAAAUCGAAGAGAGGUCUUAGUCAAGAGGCGCCAAUCAAUUGGAAGCUGAACUUUGAGCAAAAGCAGGCGGUUGAUAUGGCUCACAUGAUCAACGCGGACAGAUUGUGGUGGAUUGGCUUGGCGUUCACGGGCAUUGGCGGUUUGCUGUACUUCGGUCCUAGGAGGCUGGGUCUGCGAUUGUAA